CAAAAGAGUGAUUGCCAGAAGCCAGCGAGACUUGGACGCAAGCGGAGUCGUCGUCGGUGGGAGUCGUCGAAACUUUAGCCAGAUAAGCGGAGCAGCUUUUGGGAGCUCAGGAGGUGGAGGAGCUGGAAAAAAAUAUGUGUGUACCCCGUAAGAAACAGUGAAAAUUGUGAGUUUUCCGCUCAGGACUAGCUUAUAAUUUGGAAAACUAAGACGUUCUGGUGUCUACCGGAAGUGGUGCACCCACAAGGCAGCAAAAGAAAAAGAAGGAGGAACCCAACUGAACUCAACCCCCAUUUAUGAUUAUCGUCCUGCUGCUGCUGUUCCAAUCGCUCUGCCUCUACUGCCAACGCCUGGUGCUCUACGUCCACGACAGAUGCUUCCCCAAGAACGUGCGCCUGCUGCAGGAGGUGGCCGAGACGGUGGGCGAUCGUAAGGCACCCCAGCGCCUGGCGGAGCAGCAGUUGGAGCAACAGAAGCGCAGCCAGAAGCGUCGCAUCCUCGAGCCGAUCCUGCCCCUAGUUGGUGGCCUCAACUCCGAGGCCUGUCGCUUUUGUGCCCACAGUCCGCAGGGCUAUUGUCGCCAUCACUUUCACCUGCAGGAGUUGCAGUUGCACAAGCAGCGGGGUUCCGGUGGCGAGCAGGACUUUCGUCAAAUCCGAAGGAUCAAGCGGGAGUUGAAAAGGAGCCUGGGCCAGCAGCAGCAGCUCCUCCAGCCGGUGAGAAGCUAUCGUCCCGUGCGACUAAGUUCCAGCUGGAGCAGCACUUCGCUGAGCAGUGGUUACGGUUCGUUGACCAGCUUUGGGACUCAGGAGCAGGAGGAAGGGGAUCAGGAGGUUCCAAAGGAGGUUGCAGAGGAGGUUGCAGAGGAAGUUACAGAGGAGGUUACAGAGGAGGUUCCAGAGGAGAUUCCAUCGGAGCUACAGGAGGAAGUUGAACAGGAGGAAUUUGAGCUGGAGUAUUUGCCUCAGGAGGAGAAACGACAACGCCUGCUAACCACUCAUUUGUAA